UUAGCACUUUCUCCUUCUUUUCUUCGGUUAAGUAAGUUUCACCGUCCGACCACGGAACAGUCUGUGCGCUCGUCGAGAGUAAAAGUGCGCUUCCGAAAAAAAGUCAAAGACAGUUUGUGUUAUUUAAUAGUGUGGAAACAUGAAGUCCUUAUUUUUUAUUGCGUUUCUUUUGAUUGCCUGUGUAAUUUUAACUGAAGCUAUUCAACCAAGAGCUCCCAACUUCCAAUACUUCGAAAGACCGAAAUAUAGAUAUCCAUACUAUGACGAGAACGGUGUUGGACGACUACUUUAUGGUUAUGGGGAUGAUAAACUUUACCAGUACAAGUCAUUUUCACCACUGGAAGGAAUCCACUAAUUUUUUUUAAGUUUAUACCGAUUAUAAAUGUUUCAUAUUUUUUGAUGUUUUUAUAUUUUAUUUUUAUACCUAAGUAAAUAGCCGUUAGAAUAAAUUAGUUUAUUUUUA